AUGUCGUACAGCAUCCCGCCCAACGAGCCUGUGGCUGUCGUUGGCAGCAGCUGUAGGUUUGCCGGCGGUAUCUCCAAGCCCAGCGAGCUCUGGGAACAGCUCAAGAACCCCCAAGAUCUAUCACAAACCAUUCCUCCCUCACGAUUCUCUGCGACCGGCUUCUUUCACGAAGACGGAGAGUAUCAUGGAACCACCAACUCCACCAAGGCGUACUUCCUUCAAGAUGACCAUAGGGCUUUCGAUGCUUCGUUCUUCAACAUUGCCCCGAAAGAGGCAGAAGCCAUCGAUCCGCAGCAGCGAAUGCUGUUGGAAACUGUCUACGAGUCUCUCGAGUCUGCCGGUUACACGCUCAAGCAGUACUCUGGCCAGAAGGUGUCGGUAUUCUCCGGUGUCAUGACCGCUGACUACGACACUCUCUGUCAGCGAGACGACAUCACUUCCUCGCAAUACUUUGCCACUGGCAACGCUCGGUCGAUCAUAUCAAACCGUCUCAGUUACUUUUUCAACUUCUGUGGUCCGUCAAUGACAAUCGAUACUGCCUGCUCUGCCAGCCUGGUUGCCUUGCACCAGGCGGUACAGAGCCUGCGGAGCGGUGAGAGCAUCAUGGCCUGCGUUACGGGCUCCAAUCUCAUCCUCACUCCCGAACAGUUCAUCACCGAGUCUAGCCUUCACAUGCUCAGUCCCACAGGUCAUUGCCGCAUGUGGGAUGCCGAUGCUGAUGGCUAUGCUCGCGGCGAGGGAGUUGCUGCCCUGCUUCUCAAGCCCCUGAGCAGGGCUUUGGCCGACGGCGACACCAUCCAAGCCAUCAUCCGGGAGACUGGCGUCAACUCUGACGGCCGAACCCAAGGAAUCACUAUGCCCAACCCUCUUGCACAAGCCACGCUUAUCCGCGACACAUAUCAAAAGACGGGACUAAAUCCCUUGGAUGCAACCGACCGCUGCCAGUACUUUGAGGCCCAUGGCACGGGAACUCAAGCCGGUGACCCACGCGAGGCUCAGGCUAUCGCAAACGCGUUCUUCCCAAGCAAUGUCGCCACUCAAGAUACAACCAUUGACGCAGACAAAGAUACUGGAGAUGCCAAGCAAGAUGCCAAGCAACGCAGCCUUCUCGUGGGAUCAGUCAAGACUGUCAUUGGACACACCGAGGGAGCAGCCGGACUUGCCGGCGUGCUAAAGGUCAUUCAAGCCAUGCGUAACAAGACGGUGCCGCCAAACAUGCAUCUCCACAAGCUCAACCCGAGCGUCGAGCCUCAUUACACGAACCUUGAGAUCGCCACCAGCUGCACUGCCUGGCCAGCUCCCGCAAGCGGUCAUCCUCUGCGUGCUAGUGUGAACUCUUUUGGCUUUGGAGGCACCAACUCCCAUGCCAUCGUUGAGCUGUACACUCCUGACAUACAUGACCAGAUCGGCCAGCACUUUGCCCUGCAAGGCCUCGCUGCCAAUAGCUCAGACUCUCUUGUCAUUGACGAGAAUGACGUGGAUGCCCAGCUCCCUCUUGUGCUCUCUGCAGCUUCGAAAAAGACUCUGUAUGAAAUGGCUGCGGCCCUCAAGGACUUCAUGUCGCUUCCAGACAUUCGAGACAAGCUUUCUAGCCCCAAGGAGCUCCGCAAGCUUUUGCAUUUCCUUCUCGUCAAUCGGUCACCGUUCCCCUAUCGGCUGAGUGUCACUGGCACUACAUGCCAAGAUCUGAUCCAGGCAUUAGAGAAGGUCAUCGACGGCAUACCAGCCGGCAGUCCUCAAGAGAUGGGCACGCUUGCCCAGAAGCAGAUCUCUGAAGGCCCCCUCAAGAUCCUGGGCGUCUUUACCGGACAGGGAGCACAGUGGGCGGAAAUGUCCAAGCACCUCUUGAUGAACUCCACCGUCUUCAAACAGACAAUUCAUCAGCUCGAGGAUACCCUUCGCGAAUGCCCUACCCCUCCCGACUGGACAAUCUCACAAGAGCUCAUGGCCGAUGCCGAGAACUCUCGCAUCAACAUGGCCGCCGUAGCACAGCCCCUUUGCACUGCGGUCCAAGUUGCCCUGGUCGACGUUCUUCGCUCGAUCGGCAUCACAUUCCACACGGUCGUUGGACACUCCUCUGGAGAGGUGGCUGCUGCUUACGCUGCGGGCCGGAUCACUGCUCAAAACGCCAUCCUCAUUGCCUACUAUCGAGGUCUCUAUGCCCACCUGGCUGGAUCUCCAGGCUCGGGCGCCAAGGGAGGAAUGCUGGCUGUCGGACUCUCCAAGCUGGAAGCUGAGCGGCUCUGUGACCUUGACGCCUGGCGUGGACGACUAUCUGUGGCUGCGAGCAACUCGCACACCAGCGUCACUCUCUCGGGCGACCUGGAUGCUGCCAAAGAAAUGGCUCAACACCUGACGGAGCAGGGCAAGUUUGCACGCCUUCUGAGGGUCGAUACUGCUUACCACUCGGCUCACAUGCUUGCUCCGGCCGCCCAGUAUGGAGAGUCAUUGAGCAACGUCGAGAUUCGGGCUUCUGCUGGAAACGGCACCCGGUGGAUCUCAUCAGUCUACGGCGACGACCGCCGCCUGGAGCUGGACGAGCUCAGGUCUACAUAUUGGACGGACAACAUGGUCAAGCCUGUUCUCUUCUGCGAGGCCAUCGAGUCGGCACUGAGUGGAAACAAUCUCUAUGACGUCGCCGUCGAAGUCGGACCGCACCCUGCUCUCCAGGGCCCUGCCACUGAGACCAUCAAGGCUGCUGCUACCAUGGGCUCGGCUCUACCUUACUUUGGCGUGCUUAACAGGAAGAAGAACGACAUGGUGGCGCUUUCGGACUUUAUCGGUUCGAUGUGGACAUUGUUCGGACACUCGGCCAUCCGUCUCCCAGUUCUGCCUGCAGCCAAUUCCUUUUCCACGUCCCCGCAGCAGUCCUGGUCUGAGAUGCUGCCUCGGUAUCCUUGGGAUCAUUCACAGAUUCACUACCGCGAGUCGCGCAUCUCGCAGCAGUACCACUUCCGCGCCGAUCCUCCACAUGAGCUGCUUGGUAUCCGCACGCGCGACGACACCGAGUUCGAGCUUCGCUGGCGCAACAUCAUCAAGCUGGAGACGGUCCCCUGGAUUGAGCAUCACCGCUUCCAAGGUCAAGCGUUGCUCCCUGCCUCUGCUUACUGCGUCAUGGCUUUGGACGCUGCCCGCGUGCUUCUGAAGGGCCGGACCGCCACAGUCAUUGAGCUGGAGAAGUUGGAGUUCCUGAGCGGAAUGACUGUAGAGGCUGGCAACUAUGGCGUUGAAACCCUCUUCACCCUGACGGUGCUUCCUCCUUCCAAGGAUCACCACGAUGAGUCAACCAUCACUGCCAACUUCACCCUUGCCUCUGCCUAUGCGGACGGAUCUAGCCCCAUGCGCAUGAACUUUCGCGGCGGCAUGACUAUAACUCUUGGCAGCCCUGUGGUCGACGCCCUUCCUUACAAGGCUCCCCUUCAGCCAGAGACCACAUCGGUCAGCCCCGAAGGCUUCUACCGCAUGAUGAAGGACCUCGACCUGGAGUACACUGGUCCAUUCCAGGGCAUCAAGACGAUUGACCGUCGCUACAACUUUGCGUCGACCACUCUGUUCAAGUCGCAUCCUGAAGACACCACAAAGCUGGCGGUGAGCCCCGCCACGCUCGACACUUGCUUUCAAGCCUGCUUCUCGGCCUUUGCAUCUCCUGGAGACGGGUCACUGUGGACGCCGUUCCUGCCAACUCGCGUGUCGGCGAUGCGGUUCAACAUGGCCAUCUGCGACUUGAAGGGCGGUCAGGACCAGACGAUCAAGGUCGACGCCUCGCUGACAGAGUUCAAGCCAACCUCCAAGGACGGCGCUGCAACCAUCAACCUCGACAUGGCCAUCUACAACGAUCACGGACAGGCCGAGGUUCAGAUCGAGGCCAUGACGGUAGCUUCGUUCGCCGCGACCAAGGCAGAGGAUGACCACGAGCUCUACCUCCACACGGUAACGCAGCUGGACCCCGAGGACAGCAUCAUCGGCCCACAGGCGCCCCUCGACGUCAACUCGGUCGAGUUCCGCAGCCUGGUCGAGAGCUGCGACCGCGUCGCUGCCUUCUUCUGCCAGGACUACAAGUCGUGGCCUCGGGAGACCAAGGACGACCUCAAGGCCUUUGUCAAGGCGUCGCCACACUCGGCCGCCCUCGAGCUGCUCAUGCAGCUUGGUAAGAACUUGCCGCAUGGAGUCCUCCAAGCCAUGGCGGGCCCGGUCGUCCAAGAGUCCCUAGACAUGCUGUCAAUGCAGCGCCAGGUCUCUGGCAUCGUCGGCCAGAUUGCACACCGCUACCCGCGCAUGAAGGUGCUCGUGGUUACGGAGCCUGGCCUCGGACUGAAGGAGCAUGUUCUCGCCGGUCUCAACUCCUCAUUCACCACCUUCACCGUGGCCGGCAAGGUCGAGGCGAGCUUCGAGCAGCGCGUCCUGCAAGCUGCUGACCAUGGCGUUCGUGACCGCAUCUUCACCAAAGACAUGGACAACGAGCAAGAGCAGUGGGAGAAGCACGAUCUCGUUGUCAUGUCUACUGUUGCCGGCGGAGACUCGGUGGCUCUCCUCAAGAGGAUGCACGCCCUGAUGAACCCCGGAGCCUGGCUCCUGCUUGUGGAUACGUCGCUCAGCCCGCUUAGAGAGCGCCUCCGUCGUUGCUCGGGUCUGCCCGUGGAAUCGUCCAUGUCCAACAUCACCCCACCGGAUUGGCCUGACGUUCUCGAGGAGUGUGGCUUCGUCAAUGCCGCCAAGAAUGGAGAUCAGCAGCACAUCCCGGGCUUUCACAUCACAAUUCGUCAGACGGAGUCUCCCUUCAAGGAUGUGCUCCGGUUCCCCCUCGGAGAAGGACCUGGAUCGCCACAGCUCACUUCCAAGCUUUUGCUGCUGGGCGGCAGCAGCAACCGAACCUCGUCGCUGCUGAACUACAUCAAGACCGGUCUCGAUUCCCACUGUGAGCGGCUGGUCACGGCUGCAUCCUUUGAAGAUGCCGAACAUGAGGACCUCGCCACCUGCACUGCAGCCAUUGUGCUCGCGGACCUCGACACGCCCAUCUUGUCUACAAUGACGGCGGCACGUCUGGAGAGCAUCCGCACCUUGAUGCGGCCCGAGACCACCGUGUUGUGGAUCACGUUCCACUCGCGCGACCUCAAUCCGGAGCACGCAGCCACUUUCGGUUUCGCCCGAACGCUCCUCGCCGAGAUCCCCAACCUCAACCUCCAGCUUCUCGACCUCGAGGUGCUCAACGGCGCGGGUGCCAUCAUCACCGAGACCUUUGGCCGCCUCUGCCACAGCAAGCUCACCACGGGCGAGGGCAGCAAGGUGCUCUGGACUCACGAGCCCGAGAUCCACAUCGAGAAGGGUCGGCGUCUCGUCCCGCGUGUGCUGCCUUACCGGCCGGCCAUCGACCGCGUCAACGCGCCGCGUAGGGUCAUCACCUCGACGGUCAACACCAGCGAGCAGUGCGUCGAGAUCGUGCCUGUUGCUGCCGCCGCCGCCGCCGCCGCCGCAUCUGCUGGCGAAACUCGGUACGAGGUCAAGCUUCACUCGGGCAUUGCUCCCACUGGCCACCUGGCCAAGCCGAAUUCCUUGGUGCACCCCCCGGUCCAGGUCUUCUACAGCUCGUCGCAGCCUCUCGACGUCGGCAGCUACAAGGGCUACCUGUGCGUCGGCCGGGAGCUCUCGCUCGACGGCAAGGGACGCCCGGUGGUCCUGUUCAGCGACUGCAAUGCGUCCAUGGUCCAGCCGGCUCCUGGCCAAGUGCUCUUUGACGCGCCAGAGACGGCCGUCACCUCGGCUGCCUGCGCCGCCUGGGCUCUCCGGACCCUGGCGGUCAUGGCGUGCAUGGACAAGCCCGAGAACGGCAGCAUCGUCCUCGUGGAGCCCGACAUGUGCCUGUACAACAUCAUCACCCAGCUGUUCGCGUCGACGCAGUACAAGAUCGCCGUCUUCACUACGGAUCGGGAGGCCGCCAUGCGCAACCCGGGCUGGACUUUUGUCCAUCGCUACCAGUCGCGCGCACCCAUCGAGCAGGUCUUUGCUAGGAUGGGUAAGCUCUCGGUCUACAACUUCCUGGACGAGUCGUCGCCGGUGUCUGCCCUGAUCCGCGCCGCGGUCGCCGGCAAGGGCGAGUGCUACCCUGGCGGUGAGCUCCUGAUGACGUACAACGUCACCGAGAUGCGCAACUGCGACUUGGAGGACGUGAUCGAGUUUGCGGACAUGAAAGCCCUGCAGAUCCAGCCCUCGUGCGACGAGCCCAUCACUGCAUCCGCCACCAGCGUCCCCAAGCUGCUGGACAGCACCGGCCCCCCUGCCACGUCGCCCUUCCAAGUCGUCGACUGGCGCGCCGAGCGCAACGUCUCGUACCCGGCGCCCCCGGUGGUCGGCACAAGCAUGCUCAGCCCGGACAAGACGUACAUCCUGGUCGGCAUCACGCGCGACCUGGGCCAGUCCCUCUGCCAGCUGCUGGCGGAGCAGGGCGCGCGCCACAUUGUGCUCGCGAGCCGCAGCCCGCCCGACGACGCGCAGACCAUGUGGCGCUACGAGCUGCGGGCGCGCAUGGGCUGCACGGUGCUGAUGGAGAAGCUCGACGUGACGGACCGGGCCAGCGUGCUCGCGCUCAAGACGCGGCUCACGUCGACCAGCCCGGCCGUGGGCGGCGUCGUCAACGGCGCCAUGGUGCUCGACGACCGCGUCUUUGCUCAGCUGACGGUCGAGACGCUGCAGCGCGUCAUGCGGCCCAAGACGGUUGGGUCCAGCAACCUCGACGCCGUCUUCGACUCGCCCGAUCUCGACUUCUUCAUCAUGACCUCGUCGUUCGCCGCCAUCGGUGGCCAUGCCGGACAGGCCAACUACGCCGCCGCAAACAUGUACAUGAACGGGCUGGCUGCCGACCGGCGCCGGCGCGGCCUGGCGGCGUCGGUGCUCAACAUUGGCGUCAUUUACGGCCUCGGGUUCCUGCACCGCGAAAAGGACAAUCUGUACGCCAGCCUGGAGCGCGAGGGCUACCCGCCCAUCUCGGAGCGCGACAUCCACCACAUGUUCCUCGAGGCCAUCGCGGCGGGCAAACCCUCCAAGCAGAAGCCCGGCGCCGCGGUCGCGGACCUGACGACGGGCCUGAGCCGGUACAGCAUCGACGACCCGGAGCCGCUGCACUGGCACCGCGACCCGCGCUUCUCGCACUACACGCUCCAGCAGGCCGGGCGGGGCAUCGCGUCGGCAAAGGCAUCCGGCGACCGACAGAGCAUCAAGGACAAGGUGGAGGCCGCGCAGACGGCCGCCGACGUUCAGCAGGUCGUGGCGGCCGGCCUCGAGACCAAGCUCCGCAAGAUGCUGCAGCUGCGCGACGGUGCUCCCCUCGACAUGAGCCUGGGCCUGUCGGACCUCGGCGUCGACUCGCUCGCCGGCAACGAGAUACGCUCCUGGGUGUUCAAGAACGUCGGCAAGGACGUGGGCGUCAUGAAGAUUCUCGGUGCUGCCAGCGUCGACAAGCUCUGCGAGGACAUUGCCGGCUUGGUCAUUGCGGGCAGGAACUGA